GCCUCAAGAGGAAACAUGAUAGCGCUGGCCAAGCGCAGCCUAGGUGACGAGUUCCCUGUGCGGAAGUGUCCAAGCCAGGCUGGCUGGCCCGGGUCUGAGACGCUACAGAGCAGAUUCCUGGCCUGUCUCCUGAGACAGAACGUCGGCUCCCUGAGGACAGGACCCGCUCCGCUUUGGCCUGAAUCCCCAGCGCUUCCGGAUGGAUGUGGAUGGGCCCGGAACAGAGCUGCACCAGACGUCUCUGUGCAUUCAUGCGCACUGCAGGACCUGAACGUGCUGCAGGGAGAGACGCGGCGGGCGGCGUGCGCCGAAGAGCCUGGGGGCGGGACCUCCGCGAGACUGAUGGGGGACGGGGCCCGGCCUGGGGGCGGGACUGACACCGCCUGGCAGUCUCUCCGGGUUGGGACGGGUCUGGGGGCGUGGCUCAGUCCGGCCUUAGCGCGCGGUGCCCCGGCCGGGCCAGGAUGGCUGCGGCGGCGGCGGCGGCGGCGGCGGGGGAGGGGGCGCGGCAGGCCCUGGGGCCGGGCCCGGGGAGGCCCUGGGGCGGGCGGGCCGGGCCCAGGCCCCCCGGGGCUGGAGGCUGCGCUGCAGAAGCUGGCGCUGCGGCGGAAGAAGGUACUCAACGCCGAGGAGACGGAGCUCUACGAGCUCGCCCUGGCAGCCGGCGGAGCCAUCGACCCCGACGUGUUCAAGAUUUUGGUGGAUUUACUGAAGUUGAACGUGGCCCCCCUGGCUGUCUUCCAGAUGCUGAAGUCCAUGUGUGCGGGGCAGAGGCUGGCCACGGACCCUCCUGGGCCCGAGAGCAUGGGAUCCGCUCUGCCACUGUCCGCCUUGCCCGACACGAGAGAGGGCUCAUUUGUCUCUGCCAAGAACAGUAAAAACCCCCCGGCACCCUCCUUUUCCUCGGCCCUCCGGCCUUCUCCGCGCCAGGCCGCCGCCGCCGCCGCCACCCAGACCGCCCUUUGUUCGCCUCCCUCUCACAGGGCCCCAGGGAGAAACAGGAGCAGUGGGGCAGCCGUACUGGGGGAGCGUGGUGGCCGAGAAGGAUCAAGCCAGCGGAUGCCCAGGCAGCCCAGUGCCAGCCGGCUGCCCAAGGGGGGCAGCACUGGCAAGAGCCCCACUCGGAACAGUAACUGAGAGGGCACGAGGGUGCCAUCAUUCACCCAGCGCUCAUACUGACCCUGAAAUGCUUGAGAAUGGGAAUUUAGCAUAAAUAGUCAUAGGAUGUCAUUUAAUAAACAGACUGGAAGACAAGGGGCGACAUUCUGGGUAACAGGAAAAAUGUCCUCUUGGCUUAUGUCUCCUCCCAUCAAUAAUAAACCAUGUUCUGAAAUAGA